AUGUCUUUCAUCGACGGGGCUACUACCCACCCAGUCCCUCUUUUAUCUUCACUUGAGCAGCAAUUGCCGGACAAAGAACAUGUGACUGCGGCAGAAAGCGAGAAUGAGAGGGCCGGUGAACUACCAUUGGAACAUGCCAUCGGGGAAGGCGAUUCAGAUGUUAUCCUCGUGGAUUUCGAGGAGAACGACCCAAAAAACCCCCUUAAACUGGUCGUCAACGCAUAA